UCAUCGAUCAUUGUUCCCCUACUGUAAAAUGGUCAGUCCCAUUUUUUUCGCUGGUGCACUUUUUUUUCGAGCCGAAUAAUGUACCAUUUUAAUGAGUACCAGUAAAGAAACAUGGCGGCCGCCUUGGACGCAGAAAAACUUCUCGUGCAGUGUGAAUCACAAGAAUUAGAGGCUCCAGGAGGUGUCGCUACUCCAGAAGUCUACUGUAAACUCCUCGCCCUGUACCUCUUGAAUAAUGACAUGAACAAUGCCAAAUUCCUAUGGAAGAGGAUACCUCAGCCUAUCAAGACAGCCAACCCAGAGGUGGGGCUGGUCUGGGCCGUGGGCCAGAACAUGUGGCAGAGGGACUUCCCUGCAACCUACGCUGCACUCAAGAAGGAGUGGUCUGAGGCAGUCAAGCCCAUUAUGGAGGCUAUAACAGAAAAUAUCAGGCAAAGAAUGUUUCAUCUCAUAAGUCAAGGCUACACAACGAUAGAAGCGGAGGAGUUUGCAGCGUAUGUUGGCCUUCCUGUGGAUCAGGCUAUCACAGCGGUAACGGCAGAGGGGUGGCAGUAUAAUGCUGAUAACAAGAUGAUCUCACCAAAAAAGCCUGUUCCUCAACUGGACCAGGCCAUUCCUAGUGAGCAGCACAUCGCACAGCUGACGGACUUUGUGUCGUUUCUCGAAAACUAGUUUUUUUGUAAAUAUUUAUACUGAUUGUAAAUACAUUGUAUUAAAAGUGUCUACGUGAAGCACAGCAAGAUGUGGGCAUUUAAAAAUAUUGCUAAAGUUUUAUGUCAUGUGUUGGAUAACAAGGAUAGCCCGCUUUCCUGCCUAUUAUUAAUUUGUAAGGAAAAGCUGCUCUGUUUAUUUGACUGCUGUAACACCUCCUACAUAUUAAUGAGCAAACGCACUUCUCCCAUUGGUCAAUAAUAUAUAUGUACACCUCAUACAUAUUAAUGAGCAAAUGCACUGCUCUCAUUGGUCAAUAGUUUAUAUAUUUUAAUGUGUAAGGAAGUUGAAUGGGACUUCCAGGAUUUUGGAGAGGGAAGGAUUUUGAUUUUUGGAACAAGCAUCCGUGUGUGAAAUGAAUGCUUGAAUCAGUAUAAAGCAGUAUAUCAUUAAAAAAGCUGAUAUAAAUAUGUAAACAUUUAUUUGAGAGCAUAAUAUUGACGUACAAUGUACUUGGUAUCCCCAAGGAGGAAUAAAUCAGCCAGUCAUGUGGAUAAGUGCUUAAAA